AUGGAGAAGAAAGAUCAAGAGAUCCAAUUCCGUACUCAGAUCUACCAUGAGUCAGUCUUGAAGAAGGACAAUGAAAUUCUCGAACUGACAAUCAAGAUUAUUAAACUGGAAAGACAACUCUUGGAUCUGACUGGAGGUAGUCAAACAAGUGGCACUUUAGUCAGGGAUCAAGGUACUGUACCCCGCUUUAUGGAAGGGGUGUCAAAUCGAUUCGCAACUCUCACCAGAAGAGUGAAAGUCACACCCUUGGAUAGUGCCAGUGGCCGCGUCAGUGGCCCACAGCAGAUAUCACAACGCCUAAUCGAGUUUUGGGAACCAACACGAGUAUCAGAUGCGUUACCUAGACAUCCAACACCACGAAUCGACAAUGAACAAGAUAUAGAGGCUGAACUCAGACUUCAUCUUGAAGAUGUCGAAAAGUCCGCUGAAGAAGAAGAGGUUGAAUGGGCGUUGUGCAAUAUGGAAGAGAUCGAAGACAUUGUUUCGGCGUAUCAAGAGGAUCUGGAGCAUGUCCAGAUCCGCAAAGCUUUUGAACAUCAGUAUCGGGAGAAAGAAGACGAUAUAGGCGAGUGGUCAGAGGAAGAAUCGAUAGGCGACGAUGAAAUAGAAGAUUUACUAGCUUGGGCCAAAGAGGAAGAAGAAGAAGACCUCCCGAUCGAAUUCCAAAACCCAUUCGCAGAUCAUUGGAAGGGUUACUUUGGUCUUGUGCCCGAUAUAGAAGCCCUGCGAGAUGCCAUGAAACCUGAAGAAGGAGAGAUGGUCUUAUUCGAGGGAGAUUGGAUCAGGUAUACAACUGGACAAGAAUCGGAUGGAUGGAUGGAAUGGGAAGAUGACGGGGAGUUCGGCGUCAUGGACGAUGGAUGUUACUGGUGA